CUCGCGCCGUCUCCAUGUUUGUUUCCCUCAGAACUGGCGGAGGCGGCGACGAAUCAAGGCAGCGGGGCGAAGCGCGGAGCGGCGCUUAAGGGCGGGGCUUGACGAUUGUCCGUCCCCCCCCCCCCUACCUCCCAGAUGCUGCGGACGGAGAAAGUGCUCCAGCUGCGGGGCCAGCAGGGCCGCUCGGUGCGGGUGGUGCGCGAGCACUACCUGCGGCCCGACGUGCCUUGCGGCAGCGCCCUCUGCCGGGCAGCUUGUCCCCGCGAUGGGAAGCUGUUGUCUGAUGAUGUGACUCACUAUGUUGUGCCUGACUGGAAGGUGGUCCAAGAUUACCUAGAAAUAUUGGAGUUCCCGGAGUUGAAGGGCAUUGUUUUCAUGCAAACGGCCUGCCAAGCGAUGCAGCAUCAAAGGGGCCGCAGACAGUACAAUAAACUGCGAAAUUUAGUGAGGGAUGCCCGUCAUGAUUGCAUUAUGUUUUUUAAUGAAUUCCAGCUGCUUUCUUAUUUGCCGAGACAAAGAGGAGAAUCUUUGGAGAAAUGGCAGACAAGGAGUAUUUACAAUGCAUCUGUGUGGUAUUAUAAUCACUUCUUGGGUCAGAUGCCAAUCGUUAUGGUAACCGAUGACGAAGAUUCUAUCCAGCAACUUGGAAGUGAAACGGAAGGUGUCUUUGUGAUUUCGUUCAAGAAUUACUUGGACAACUUUUGGCCUGACUUAAAAGCUGCGCGUGAGCUUUUCGAUUCUAUACGCCAGUCGCGGCGUGAACGGGAGAAUGAAAGCCAAGAGAAUCAUGGGAGGGAGUACCCUGAACACGUCCCCAUGGAAACACUGGAAGCUGGGAUCAAGUCAGGGAGAUAUAUCCAGGGUGUCUUGAAUGUGAAUAAGCACAGAGCACAAGUAGAAGCGUUCGUGCGACUUCAAGGAGCCAGCAACAAAGAAAAAGAUCUCAAAACCGAUGUCCUCAUUUAUGGCACCAAAGCUCGGAACAGGGCAAUCCAUGGUGAUGUAGUCGCAGUUGAAUUAUUACCUCGAAAUGAAUGGAAGGGACGAACCGCCGCCCUCUGUGAGAAUGAGACUGAAGAAAAGACCGCUGGGGAGGUUUGCUGUGAGACUAUGCCCACAGGUAAAGUUGUUGGCAUCAUACAGAAAAACUGGCGUGAUUAUGUAGUCACUUUUCCAUCCCAAGAAGAGAGCCAAUCACAUGGCAAAAACGCACAGAAAAUCCUUGUGACACCUUGGGAUUACAGGAUUCCCAAGAUCAGGAUUAGUACACAGCAAGCUGAGGCAUUGCAGGACUUCCGGGUUGUUGUGCGUAUUGAUUCUUGGGAGUCGACAUCGGUGUAUCCAAAUGGACAUUUUGUACGGGUUUUAGGACGGAUAGGAGACCUUGAAGGAGAGAUUCAAACUAUCCUGGUGGAAAAUAGCAUUUCUGUCAGUCCUUUUUCCGAAGCACAGAUGUGUGAGAUGCCGGUCGUUACUUCAGAGAAGCCAUGGGAAGUGACUCCAGAAGAAGAGCUAAAACGUGUCGAUCUGAGGGAUACGCAUUUAGUAUUCAGCAUUGACCCGAAGGGCUGUGAAGACGUGGAUGAUGCACUAUCGAUUAGAAUGCUGCCCAGUGGAGACCUAGAACUAGGCGUCCAUAUUGCAGAUGUAACUCAUUUUGUGGCUGCUAAUUCUUACACUGACAUUGAGGCAAGAGCAAGAGCCACCACUUACUACUUCGCUGAUCGUCGUUACGACAUGCUGCCUGCCGUCUUGAGUGCCAAUUUAUGCUCUCUUCUUGGGAAUGUUGACAGGUAUGCUGUGAGCAUCAUGUGGGAGCUUGACAAAAAUUCCUAUGAAAUAAAGAAAGUUUGGUACAACAGAACCAUUCUUCGUUCAUCCUACCAACUCUUCUAUGAGGCAGCACAGGCUUUGCUAGAUGGAGACCUGACUGCUGCAGCUGAAAUUCCGGAGCUCAAAGAAAUGGAUGAAACGACGAGGCAACAGAAGAUGGACGAACUAGUGUGGGCAAUAGGAAAGCUCACUGAUGUGGCCCGUCAUAUCCGAGCUAAACGGGACAGCUGUGGGGCCCUGGAACUGGAAGGCGUGGAGGUCAGAGUUCAACUGGACGACAAGAAGAACAUACAUGACCUCAUUCCUCGGCAGCCGCUGGAAGUGCACGAGACAAUUGCCGAGUGUAUGAUCCUUGCAAAUCACUGGGUGGCAAAAAAGAUCUGGGAGGCUUUCCCUCACCAAGCUCUCCUGCGGCAACAUCCACCGCCACGGCAGGAGUUUUUUUCUGAACUCAGAGAAUCUGCUAGCGCAAAAGGGUUCUUGAUCGACACGCGGUCUAACAAAGCCUUAGCUGACUCCCUGGAUGGAGCAAUUGACCCUGCCGAUCCUCUUGUGAAUAAGCUGUUGAGAUCUAUGGCCACCCAGGCAAUGUCCAAUGCUGUAUAUUUUUCAACCGGAUCGUGUCCCAAAGAUGAGUUCUCUCACUAUGGUCUUGCUCUGGAUAAAUAUACUCACUUCACUUCACCCAUUAGGAGGUAUGCUGACAUAAUAGUCCAUCGACUGCUGUUGGCAGCCACUUCAAAGGAAGAUAAAAUAGGUGCCAAGGAUCACUUGUUUGGCAACAAAGAACUUGAGGAACUUUGUAGACACAUCAAUAACAGAAACAGGGCUGCUCAGCAUGCCCAGAAACAGUCAACUGAACUUUUCCAGUGUAUGUACUUCAAAGACAAGAAUUCUGAAGGAGAUGAGCAGUGCACAGCAGAUGGGGUGAUCUAUUCAAUCCGAACAAAUGGUGUGCUAGUCUUCGUGCCAAGGUAUGGCAUCAAAGGUGCUGCCUAUCUGAAAAACAAGGACGGCCUGGUCAUCUCUUGCCAAGUUGAUGGGAACUGCGAAUGGAAGCCUGGUUCUCUCCAGCGUUCUUCCAGUAGAAUUAGCUCUACUCCUACAGCUGGGGAUUCUGUUACACUGAACCUGUUUGACCACGUGACAGUAAAAAUCUCUGUACAGAGUUCUCGUUGCCAUACCGAUAUCAUCCAGCUUCACAUAACAAACUGCAAGCCCUACAAGUCAUCAGAAAUGGAACAGUCUCAGAGUUCUCACAUAUCUAGGACAGAUUUGGUGAGGGAAGUAACAAAGACUGCAGAGGAAGCUCAGCUUGCUCACGACAUGGCCAAAACUAAGAAGAUAGAGGAAGGAUACGAGGAGUAUCGGCAGACGCAAGGUGUGAGCCUGUAUCAGCUGUUGGAGGAAAUCAAGGAUUUGGCUUUAGUAGAUGUAUCCGCAGAGAGUGGAGCAUGAAAUCACAGUUCAUACAGUUCUUGUGUAAGGGCUCUUCAUUUGCUUAGCUUUAUUUUUAAAAUAUUUGUAGAUGUGUUGAACUAUUUUUAGUUGGCUCUGCUUUUCAUAGAACAGCCUUCCUCAACCUGGGGCGCUCCAGAUGUGUUGGACUACAACUCCCACUGGCUGGGGCAUUCUGGGAGAUGCAGUCCAACACAUCUGGAGUGCCCCAGGUUGAGGAAGGCUGUCAUAGAACUUAACCCUGUAUAAUAAUACAACAUAAAACAUCCUGAAAACAUCUUUAUUCCAAGAAGCCUUUCUUUAACAUGCAGCCUUGGAUUUCUGUGUUGUUGUUUUUUGCUUCUUUUUAAAUUUUGUUUUAACUGUUUUAUUCUGUUUUUAUUUUCAUUUUACCGUGUGCACCGCUCCGAAAUUUUUUCAAUGAGGAGCGGUAUAUAAAUAUUCUAAAUAAAUAAAUAUCUGCAAAAGGGGGCAGCUAUAUUUUUAGAUUGCAUUUUCAAACACAAACUUAAUUCUAUGAAUGAAGUUUGGGAAAUUGUAAAUAUUCUGAUGUACCUCAAAGAAUAAAAAAAUAAUGUGACAACUUAGCAAAAUUUUGAAGAGCUAUCAAAUAAUGUUAGUGUACAUUAAGUUAACUACUUCAAAUUACAUUUUAUCCAGCAU